AUGCCAUUACUAAGCUUGCCAAACGAGCUUUUGGAGGAAAUCAUUAAAUAUGCUCUUCACGAUGACUUCGACUGCAAGAAAGUAGCUGCAUUGAACCUAGUCUGCAAGCUCUUUCGUACCUUGACUAUGAAAAAUCUCUACAAGGAAUGUCACAUCCGAUUCCACCAGGACCCUGCGUACCGAAACGAAGGGACAUUUGGCCAUGCUGCGAUGUUCCAUCGUUUUGGCGACGAUCCAAUCACGGGAUUGAAAACAGCAAGACACAAGAACCAGCUGUUCAAAGAAUAUGGGGACUAUGUUAAAGAUCUCACCAUCGCUCAUUCAACCAAUGCACGUAUCGGAGGCCACCCAAUUAAUGCAUGCAAUUUGAACUACUCAGUUUUGGCAACUGUCUACUUGCCUACCAUCUUAACUCCACUACUCGAAUCUUUCACCAGUCUUACAAAUCUCAAGUUUUCGACAUCUGCGGUACAGCCUUCCACGCUCAAAUCCCACGAAAUGUUCUCAGUUAUCGGUGACAUUUUCAAGUUGUGUCAUUCUCUCAAAGAUCUGUCAUUAGACUUGGACAUUGAUGAGUUUGCACCAUACCAAUUGAAACGGAUGGUUCAAACCCCAGAAGAUAUUGACAUUGAGACAAACGCCACUCUACCGUCGCUCCGAAACCUUAAUCUAAAAUUCCUUAUUUCAACUAAAGAUAGGGACGAUCGUUAUACAGAGAAAACUGGAGUCUGGAUAUUGACCUGGAUGGCCAUUCUAAUGCCAUUGUCCCACAGAAUAGAGAAGUUCAAAUACACCCACUAUGAAUACGUCAAACCAUGGGGUCCCAAUACCGUUACAGCUAGAAGUGUCCCAGAGGACAUCAAAACGAUCAACAAAAUCGGUGUCAAACUCGCCCUCCCGAACUUGAGAUUCCUGGCUCUCGACAUGUUACCCCAAAACCGAAGAAUGAUCGAAGAGUACUUCUUACUGGGCAAAACUAACGUUGAAACAUUGACACUCUCAUUAACACAGAACUACACAGCUCAAGACAUAUAUGCCAUUGUAUAUCAGUAUCCCAAUUUGAAAACGCUCGAAAUCAGGGAUACUAAGGUGGGCAGCGACAAAGCGACGAGAAACGGAGUGACCUGGGAGUUUGUCACCAACACCAAGCGAUUGUUUAGAAAAUUGGUAGCCCUCGUUUUAUAUACGAACCAGACAGGAAGGGAGGUAAACGAGGCAAUUGGGGAGGAUUUUCGGAAAAUCCACAUCAAAUCACUUAGAUACUGGAAACGUGGCCAGCGUCUUCCGCAUGAAGCUGAAUUCAGGCUAGUCGUCAAUUUUCAUUAA